UCUAAGUUUAACUUUGCAGGGAGGAGUAAAUUAUCCUCACUCUCUCCUUCUAGUUGCUCUGUCUCUUCUUUUUUUCUCUUUAGUCUCAGUCCUGCUCUGCAUCUGCUUGCCCAUCAGACAGCUCAAGGAACAGACCUUCUGACCAGCGGUCCAUCAUGAAGUUCCUCUCUGCUUUUCCUGUUUCCUGUGUGACUGUCCUCUGGCUUUGCUCCAGUCAGUGUCUCUGCAGUCCUUUGUUCUACAACUUAUCUAUGGACGGCAGUGGCGAUGAAGCAGAGCCAGAGCUCAUUUUCCCAACCUCCUUCUCCACCAGAGCGCCCAUUCAUGUCACUGCAGCCACUCAGUCUCCCAGCUUCAGCAACACCAUCACCACCACCAUGAUCCGCCUAAAAGACUUUGUUCUGAGCCGAGUGGUGGAUUUCCUGCAGGAGAACCUUCUCAUCAUCAUUGUUGUCACCUCUCUUCUUAUUGUUUUGGUUUUCAUCAUUUGCUGUGCGUACGCCAUGAGCCAUAAGCGCAAGCUGGAAGCUUACAAGCCCCUUUCUAACCCUCCCAGGAAGCAUACUGCUGGCAAAACUGGAGCUCGCAAGAACUCUAGUGAGCCCCAGGAGAAAACUUAUCCUGUGGACCACGUCAAGAGGGUCCACAUUCAGGGUCCAGCCUCCCCCAAACACCUGCGUGUGCCCUCCAAGGCUCUGGUGGGAGAGAAGGGGAGGGACGUCAGGUCGUCGCCUCGACAAGAGGUCAGGAAGGUCAGAGACACAGAGGAAGUGGAAAAAAGGAGAGAGGAAGUGAAGUUUAAAGAGCCGGUGAAGCAAAGGGAGGAGGUUCAGCAGAGCUUCAGUCCCAGCACCAGCUCCAGUCACCCAGUUUGCACCUGUCAUCUGAAAAAAGCCAACCACUAACACCCGAGCAAGGCUGCACAUCCACACAGGCAAAGCAAGUCAUAAUGUCACUCAGAAGGAUAAACAUUUAUGGGUUCUAUAAAAAUCUAUAGAAAAAUAAAAUCUAAUUAACAUCCAACAUAAGAAAGACCCAAAGAGCAGAAGACAGGGAGCAGCUCUUUACAUUCUUACUGACCAAGUCUGUAAUUUAUCCAUAGCAUCUCAGAGGGCUUAAUUAUGAAGAUUAGAGAAAAAACAGAACUUGAGUACACAUUUAGGGGAGCAAAAGGCAAGGCUGUGAAAUUAGUAAUCAGUGAAAAUAGUGGGGGCACCCCAAUGAUAGGGAAGUGGAUGCAAAAGGCAAGUCUAUUUAUAUAGUACAUUUCAGAAGCAAGACAAUGUAAUGUGCUAAACAUAAUAGGAUUAUGUAGUGCAAAAGGAUUGGAUGGUUAUAUGCAUAAUGUGCAUUAAUGCAUGAAAACAACGGCCCCUACAGUUAUUGGUAUCCCUAAUUAAUAUGUUUGCAAAAACAUUAUCCUUGGUGAAAAGACUAACUCGGACCUUAAUCCAGCAAGAUGUGUAACUUUUCUAAUUGUUUUACUUUUUUUUUCUCAGAGUGUAGCUGCUUUCUUCAGCCAUCUCCUGCCUUUUUAAUGGCUUAUACUCUUGUCUUUUCCUAUUUUGAAGAAUGGCAAAGAAAAUUGAUCUCCGAUUACUCAUUUAAAAUGCAUGCAAACUAUCAAAAUAAAAAAAUAAAAAAGUAAAAUAGAAAUAAUAGAAAUAUAUAUUUUCUGAUUAUAUGAAUAUCAUGGCCUCUUUAAUCCUGUAAGUAAUUCUUACCAUAGAAUAAAUUUUAUCAAACUAAAAAAAUGUUUAUGUGAGACGCUGCUAUUGUAGCCUAUCAUGAGCUAGAUUUGUUUAAGGCUUUGUGAACAAUGUCACUAGAGUUGCCAGUAAAUAUGAAGAGUGCUGCAAAUACAGUAGGGGAGAUUGCUGUUUCCCAUAAUUCUGCUUUAUAAAACCACAUGACAGUUUGUUCUCUAUCAUGUUUAAGUCAUAUAUGUGUCAUUUGUUUUGAUAGAACUCUGUGAUUUAAAAAAAUUAUUAUAGCCAAGCAGAUGUUUAUCAUUCACAGAGGUUCCAAAAUUUGAGGUAUUGCCUCUGUGCGUUCUUCAGAACAUUAUAGCUGGAUAAGGCAUUAAGAAAUAACUGUUUGGUUUUGGAAAUAAACACAAAUUUCCAAGAAAACUUGACUUGAUAAUAGGUUAUAGGUAUAUUAUUCUUUUUUAUUUGCUUUCAACUUUACUUAUAUUUUAGCCUUAUUAUAUGAUAUAUAUUGAUAUAUUGUAUGAUGUUAAUGUGUUUUUUUUCAAUCCCAAAUUCAGGAAACCAAAUACAAUAGGUACAAUUUUUAUGUUUUUAUUUUAUU